UGCAAUAAAUCAAAUAAAAAAAAAUCUGUACACAUAGAAAGAUGUCUAUGGGAUUGAGGUCACCAAAUAUGGGGGGCGUUGCAAGAAGAACAUCAGCCAUGGCUGUGUUUCUUCUCGGCUUCGCUUUGCUCUCCUGCGUGGCCCAAGCUGCAUCCCGUGGACAUCUUUUCAGGGCUGGUGCCCGUCGUAGCGACACUACCAAGAGGAAAGUGUUUGAUGUCACAGCCUUCGGUGCUAAGACCGAAGACCAGAUGAAUAGAGGAAGUAAGAAGCCUAAUGUUGUUGGCAAGUUGAGUACUGGGGAACUGCCCGGUGGAGGUAUACCUGGCCUCCCUGGUGGUACUGUGGAGGAGAGUUAUGAUGAUGGCGAGAAAAUUGAUGAUCCUAAUGGAUUGGCAUUCAUCCGGACAUGGGUAGCCGCAUGCAGAGGAAACUACAAGGGUCCAACUAAGGUUGUGAUCCCCAAAGGAACAUUCUUGACAGGACCUGUGGUGUUCCAAGGGCCAUGCAACAGCUCAACUGAGCCCAUCGUCGUUGAAGUUCAAGGAUAUGUCAAAGCCAGCACCGAUCUCAGUCAAUACUCCUCUCCCGAGUGGUUUUCAUUUGAGUUGGUUGACGGCUUGAUCGUCACGGGUGACGGCACUUUUGACGGGCAAGGUACAUGGACAACCAGUGGCAGCAAGGACUCCGACAAAGCUGCUCAAGCCCCAUCCUCACUUAAAUUCAACAAAGUGAACAACAGCCUGAUCGAAAGGAUCACAUCCUUAAAUAGCAAAUUCUUCCACACACACAUGUUCGGCUGCAACAACGUGACAAUGAGGAAUGUCCACCUCACUGCUCCUGGAGAUAGCCCUAACACAGAUGGCGUGUACAUCAGCGCUUCGGACCACAUCAAAGUGCUUAACAGUGUUAUCGCAACUGGGGGUGACUGCGUUUCCAUCGGGCCAGGCGCUUACGAUGUUACCGUUAAAAACAUCACGUGUGGUCCAGGGCAUGGCAUCAGUAUCGGGAGCCUCGGAAAGGACCCUGACGAACUGAGCGUCAGUGAGAUUCACGUCAGCAAUUGCACAUUGAGAAACACCACCUAUGGUGCCAGAAUCAAGACUUCGGCUGGCAAAAGUGCAGGAGAAGUGACCGGAAUCGUCUACGAAGACAUUAUCAUGGACCAAGUUCAAAACCCUAUUAUUAUAGAUCAGUACUACGGUAACACGAAGGUGGUAAAAAAAAUCAUCGAUGGAAAUAAAAAGAUGGUAGUCCCAGGAAAUAAAAAGAGCGUAGGAGCUGGAUUAAAAAAGAAGGUAGGAGCUGGAUUAAAAAAGAAGGUAGGAGCUGGAUCAAAAAAGAAGGUUGGAGUAGGAAAACAGAUGGAACUGCAAGGUGGAAAGAAAAAGAGCGUAAGUAGGAACGAUGGAGCUGGGGUACCUUCUAGGCCAGUAUCGAAGUGGAAGAUCAGUGACGUUCACUUCAGAAACAUUAGGGGCACCUCAGCCGGAAAGGUUGCCGUUUCGUUAGCUUGCAGCUCUGUAAACCCAUGCGAGGGUGUUAAGUUCACCGACAUUAACCUUUCCUACAAGGGCACCAGUAAUAAAAAAACGGCGCUUAAAUCUGAAUGUUUCAACGCCCAGAUUACACCAAAGGGCGUACAAAACCCACCACUCUGCCGUUAAAUUAGUUUUCGAUAAACUCGAUCAUCUUUGUGUACAAGAUUUUGAUUAAUUUUGACUCAAUGUUAAGAAAACAUGUUAGCUGAACAUCUGUGUACUUAAUGAUAUCCAUUGAUUUUUGUUCUUCUU